CUGCGCUGACUAAGAACAUCGUGGCCAUGCAUUCGUCGUUCUUUGAAGAUCCACGCUACAUCAUGUUCAUCUACAUGGUGGUCAACGAUGCGCUGCUGCUCACCCUGGUCACAACCCUCUACGUGGUCAGCUACAUCUUCUUCAAGAUUCACGCCUCCAUCUGCUGCCUGCUGGUGAUGACAGCCGUGCUGACUACUCGCUCCACCCCCCUCAUCCUGGCAGGCAUGUCCCUGGAGCGUUACAUCUCCAUCUGCUUCCCACUACACUACGGCCACAUGUGCACCGUGCCUCGAACCAUAGUCCUCAUCAUCUUCAUCCUCGCUCUGACGGCGAUUGUACCCCUGACGGACCUCUUCAUCACCCUGGCCAAAGAGAGCCCCGGAUUCUUCUACAUCUCUAUCUUCUGCGACCAAUCUCUUCUCUUUCGUCACAGCUCUAUUUACACUAAGAACCUGGUGUUCGAUAGUCUGUACUUCUCAUUUGUUGCCCUGACCCUGCUCUAUACCUACUGCAAGAUCAUGCUGGCGGCACGCGCUGCCUCCUCUAACCUGGUCUCUGUGAAGAAGGCCAGGAACACUGUGGCGCUCCAUGGCGUGCAGCUGCUGCUAUGCAUGCUGGCCUUUGUAGUCCCUUCCAUGCAAGCGCAGCUCAUCGCGUUGUUCCCCCUGUACAGCCUAGAGAUCCGUUAUGUCAACUUUCUGCUGGUCUACAUCAUCCCACGCUUCCUCAGUCCUAUGAUUUACGGUUUUCGGGAUGAGAAGUUCAGGAAGUACUGGGCCCGCCACCUGACCUGUCGAGGCGGGACCAGCCGUGUCAGGCCCAGCGUUCUGAUGAAGUUAAAAUGAUCCUGAACGAUCUGUUUUCUGCCAUUUACUAAAAUAAAUAUUUCACCAGGUUUCUGGUGCUGUCUAAUAAGACAAAAAAAGAAUCGACUUUAUCCUGUACAAAACAAUGCUGACUGUUACAGAUUUUUCUAGUGACUACAGGUUGAUGAAAAAGUGCAAAUAAUAUACACAAACAUCUAGGCCUUGUAUUUAAGAUUGCUUUGUUAGCUUACACAUUAAUCUGUAUUACCAAGGUUGCAAAACACCUCACUACAUGGUUGCAGAAAGCUAAUAAAUAUGCAUCAUAGGCCUGCAAAUCUAAGA